AUGGCUAUCAAUGGCCUGAUUCAUCUUGUUUUGGAAUCUUACUCGUCUGUAGGACAUAGGGCAAGGGGGGCCCAAAGCUGGUUAUCUGUCAACACAUGUGCUAAGCUUUACCUGGGAGGCCUGAGAUAUAUUUGGAAGCAGACGCGUUCACAUGGCUUUGGAUGGCUAGCACUCAAGCUGGUGAUUGCGUCGACUCGACUGAUUGCGGUGUACUUGGCGGGUGGGGGACUUUCUUCGCGGACUGGGCAGAUGGACUUCCACGGGAACUACGGGGAGAAAUUCCAAUCACUGGCGUUGAUGAGUACAAUAGCGCUGCAAGAAAAGCUCAGCCGGGCUGCAUAUCGUGGGUCGAGGAGGUUUGUCGGAGGGAGAGGAGCAGGAGCAGGAAGUGGGUUAGCUUUUACUAGAGCCGCUGGAGCGGACGCCUGA